AUGUUCCGUCGAGAAGAGCGCCGCAAAGACUACAAAAAAAUCUUCGAGGAUCCACGUCGGAAGAGAGAAGAUAUUCAGGCACAAAUUAGGAAGCAGGUUAGGGACCAAAAUUUGCAAAAGAGACGGAACCACGAGUUCUUCGCUGAAAAGGCAGAUGAUAAUGCUCCACAACAAAUUUCUCAACCCGAAGUGCCAGCUCCAAUUCAGAAUGAUGCCACAGUAUCUGAAAUUGCCAUAACCGAUUUCUCUGACUGGUCACCUCAGGCAUUGGCUCCAUUUGUCCAGGGCCUCAAAUCUGGCCAAUACGAGAAACAGCUGGAAUGCACUAAACACUUCCGCAAACUGUUAUCGAUAGAAACUGAUCCGCCAAUUCAAGAAGUUGUUAAUUGUGGAGUAGUGCCCAUUUUUGUUGAAUUUCUCACCCGCUAUGACUCGCCUGAAUUGCAAUUUGAGGCAGCAUGGGCGAUUACUAAUGUUGCUUCGGGGAACCAAACACAAACUAAAGCUGUGACUGAACAUGGUGCAGUACCUAAACUUAUAUCACUUUUGGAGUCCCCUAAGGAAGAUGUACAAGAGCAGGCAAUUUGGGCAUUGGGUAACAUAGCAGGAGAUUCUGCUGAGUGUCGUGAUUUGGUUUUAGCACAAGGGGCGCUAAGGCCUUUAUUAUAUUUAUUGAGUGCAUCGGAAAAGACAUCGUUAUUGAGAAAUGCUACUUGGGCCGUAUCAAAUUUAUGUAGGGGCAAACCAAAACCGUUUUUUGAGGAAAUAUCACCUGCAGUCCCUUUCUUAGCUCAUCUUAUUAAUCACCCUGACCUAGAAGUGCUAACGGACUCCUGCUGGGCACUUUCUUAUAUAAGUGACGGAGCUGAGGAGAGAAUUCAAUCCGUUAUCGAAAGCGGCGCUUGUGGCAGAUUAGUUGAGCUGAUGGGUCACGAUCAACCCGUGGUUCAGACGCCAGCCCUCAGAGCCAUUGGAAAUAUUGCAACUGGGAAUGAUGAACAAACACAAGUCAUCAUAAACUGCGGUUGUGUUCCAAUCUUGUACAAGUUGUUAUUUUCAGAUAAGAAGACCAUCAAAAAGGAAGCGUGUUGGACCUGUUCAAAUAUAGCAGCUGGUACAAGAAAUCAAAUCGAAACGCUGUUACAAGGUAAUAUGAUCGAGAAACUGUUGGAGUUGGUCUCUUGUAACGAUUUUGACAUACAAAGGGAAGCCAGUUGGGCAAUUUGCAAUGCUUGUAGUGGAGGAGAUUCUGCACAGGCAGAAAAUUUGGCUUCCAGAGGCUGUAUCCGUGCUAUUUGUUCAUUACUCACGACAUCCGAUUCCAAACUGGCAGGUGUAGCGUUGAGAGCAUUGGAAAACAUAUUGAAUGUGGGCGAACAGUUGAAGGAGAAGCGGAAUCUGCCACAGAAUCCAUAUUGCGCCAUUGUGCAUGAGGCUGAUGGUGUUUCAUCAUUGGAAGUUUUGCAGGGCAGCAAAUUGCCGGUGCUAUUUAAGAAGGCAAGGGAGAUGAUUCAGAAGUUCUUUCCCUAUGAUUUGGGUGAUGAAUUUGAAGCCGAAUGUGACACUGCAUUUUCUCAGACCAGUUUCCAAGGUCAAGUUCCUACAGGCGGAUUCCAAUUUAACUAA